AACAGGAAGGAAGUGGAAAUGACGACCAGCGUCGUCUCUUCAUAUAAAGUUGAGAUUGCAGUUCUCCGAGCUGUCACAUCACACCAGCUGGAAGAAUAUGAAAUGAAACUUGAAGAGGAAAACUGGGAUAUCAGAUACAGUCACUUCUGCCCUAUGGAUCUCGGGUUGUUCCAGGCUUUGGAGAGACAACGAGUCCUGGAGGUUCUUCAGAGAGACAAAGCACUUCGAACCAUUGAAGCAGACAGAAUCAGGAGGCUAAAGGUAGAACUUCAAGGUAUCUAUCGACAGGGUGCCAAAACCAUUACGCGUCCAUAUGGUCAGAGAUCAUGUGCACGAUGUCAGCGACAUCUAGGAAAGUUCUGGGACUGUGGUUCUGUGUGCUGUGGAUGCAGUCACCGCAUCUGUAACCGCUGUCGGGUUGUCCGGUCUGCAAGAGAGUGGAAGUGCACAAUGUGUCAUGCUUUCAGGGAAUUUAAGAUCAAAUCUGGGGAAUGGUUUCUGGAGCAGCAAGCAAAGAAAUUUCCGGAUGUCAAAGAAAAUCAUGAGACCACUGGAGACAAACUAUUACAGUCUUAUCAACAGCUCAGCUUCAUUGCAGUCGUGCCUCCAACUCCUCCUCCCUUCAAAGAAGUGCCAUCAUUCAACAGAGUGGAGGAUCUCAAAACAUCAAAGCCAUUUACUAAAUCUAUGGAGAACCUUAUGAUGUCGGUCAGUGCUCACAUAAAAAAGCUCUCCAAGUCUCAGAAUGAUUUGAGUGAGGAAGCAGGUCAGCUGACUGUGGAUUACGGACGCAUGAACACAAGGCGCAAGAGCCUAUCAAUGGGUGCCCUCGACAAAGCCUUCAAUCUGUCCAAAGCUCCAAGUCUUCCCGAUCUUUCCCAGGACACCAAAGCAGCGGAGCAGUACGCUUCAGCAAGUACAAUUUGCCUAACAGAUGACGAUGUUUCAUAUACAUCCGCUUACAGCGAUGAGCAGAGGGACAGCAACAGCAGCACAGGAAUGGAUUGUGGGUUCUUUGAAAACACUAGUGUGACUGGAGAAAUAGAAGUUGCUUUUGGGUACAACAACAGGACGUCCUGUUUGGAGAUAACUAUCAAAGCCUGCAAAAAUCUGAUGAUUGGAGAUACGAAGAAGAAAUGUCGUCCGUACGUAAAGGUCCGUUUGCUUCCAAAGAAAUAUCACAGUUAUAAGAUGAAAACAGCAAUCAAGAGGGGAAAUAACCCGGUUUACAAUGAAACGUUUACCUGUGUGGUUGACCGUGAGCAGCUGGUCAGCAGUGUAGUUCAGGCCUCAGUGUGGCACUCCAGGGGACUCAAGCGGAAGCUCUUUCUGGGCGAGACACUCGUCCGUCUGGCAGACUUGUGUCUGGAGAGCACAGACACUCAGUGCUCUGUCUGGAACACACUCGGUCCAAAGCAGGGACAUGCACUGGGUGGCGAUGUAGAGCUGUACACUUCAGAGCUGCUGCUUAAAGCGCAACUACAGUUCCUGCCACAGACUUCCCCACAUAUAGAUGACAUUUUAAUGGGAUCUACAGGACAGCUCAAAGUCGUCAUCACCGAUGUGUGGAAGCUGCUCUCUGUGUCAAAAACAGCUUACAUUGAGGGGAUUCUUUGCUUUUCUGGAGAUAGAGAGCUGGUGCAGAGAACUCCACUGAAGAAGACUGCUGAUUCUCUCCAAAUAAACUUUCGUAGAGUCACGCGUCAGGAGCUCCAGCAAGCCACACUGCAGCUCAACGUAUGGGAGAAAAACACCUUCAGCCUCGCUGACCGUUUACUAAGAUCAGCACGACUGGGCGGCGAAUCGUCAUGGCAACGUCUCCAGCAGAUGCCAGGAGAGUGGCAUGACUUCGUUCUUCCACUUCAUGCAGAUGUCAGCACAAACAUGAGGUCAUAACUGAAGAAUGUGGAUCCUUUCCAUCAACCCACGGAUCCUGGCAAUGUGACAGUUGUGCUUACAAGCUCACAAAGAACUUAAAGGCCACAGAAUCCUGCAGGAGUAAUGCCCAGUUUAUCUUAAGACAAAGGAUAACGUGCCUCAUUCCUAUUUCUUGCAUCCUAUUUAUUCAGACAUGAACAGUUUUGAUGUAUUUUUGUUCUUAUUUCAUGUAAUAUGUAUAUAUAAAUUAUUUCAUAAAUUAAUAAACUGAAUAUAUCCACAAAGAUGGCAUGUGGUACAAU